CGCCCUUGAUGAACACUCGUUGGGCAAUCUCGGUUUCAUCGUUCAGGAUAUGUUUUGGACUGCCACAGGUGUGUCGAGACUAUUUCCCAGAACAACACAGAUUUUCAAAAGUUGGUCAAGAAUUGCAUCAUAUUCACAGCUGUCUAACUUCAAGAAAAAAGGGAAACUCAAGACUAUGAAAAUAGAUACACCAGAAUUCAGGGCUCUUUUCACACCUGAGCUACUCAAACUAGAAUCUUUAUUUAAAAGUUACCAGCAUGAGCUCCGUAUAGCUGGAGGAGCAGUGAGAGACCUGCUGAUGGGAAAGACUCCACAUGAUGUGGACUUUGCUACCACCGCUACACCAGAGGAAAUGAAAACUAUGUUUGAAAAGGAAAAAAUUAGAAUGAUUAAUGCAAAAGGAGAAGAACACGGGACCAUAACUGCAAGAAUCAAUGACAAGGAAAAUUAUGAAGUGACCACCCUGCGUAUAGAUGUGGUUACAGAUGGACGUCGUGCUAAAGUGGAAUUCACCAGAGACUGGCAACUUGAUGCCAACAGGAGAGAUCUUACUGUUAAUUCAAUGUUCUUAGGUUUUGAUGGAACAUUGUAUGAUUACUUCAAUGGCAAGGAAGAUUUAGAGCAAAGGAGAGUGAAGUUUGUAGGAAAUGCAGAGGAGAGAAUUCAGGAAGAUUAUUUACGGAUACUUAGAUACUUCAGGUAG